CUCAAAAUUUACAAGCCCGCCUAUGUUAGCCACGCCUAUUAUUAAAAUGCUGUAUGUCUGGAGGACUACUAGAAAUGUCUCGUUUAUUUCUUCUUUUUUAACUGCUAGUGGACCUGCUGCUAUAAAACAAGAUGGUAAACUUCUAUACAAAUCUCCAGCUAGUCGAGAAGUCCUACCAUUAGCUUACUAUGGACGUCACUUCUCUUCAUCUUCAGGCAGCAAAAAAGAUCUUUACUCACGUCUUGGUCUCACUUCAAAAGCUACCCAAUCACAGAUAAAAGAAUCCUAUUACAAACUAUCAAAGAAGUAUCACCCCGAUCACAACAAAGGCAGUCAAGAAGCUAACGCAAAAUUCCAAGAAAUCACCGAAGCUUACUCAAUACUUGGACGUAACAAUCUGAGACGAAAAUACGACAAAGGUCUUCUACGUGAGCACCCUCUACCUCAUUAUAGCUCUGGCCAAUGGGACUUUAGCCGAGCCCCCAGGACAAGAACUGAUAGUAGUGUGAUUUAUGACUUUGAUGCUUUCUAUCAAGCUCAUUAUGGAGAGGCGUUGAGGCGAGAGCAGAAAGCUAGGGCGGAAAGAGCCGCAAAGACUGAAUCAUCUAGAUUUGAACGAGUAGUGAACGCUCAACAGCAAAUGAUGAUUGUUGGUGCUGCAUUUUUUGUGAUAAUAUUCGCUUUUAUGGCUCAGUAUGUGAAGAAUGAGAGGCCGAGCUAUGGGAAGUCUAGCAAAAAAUAACGAAAUAUUGUAAUCCUUUAGCAUUUUGUUUCUAUAUAUAUAUUAUCAUUAUUGAAUCACAAUAUAUAUAUAUAUAUAUAUAUAUAUAUAUAUAUACAUGUAUAUAUAUAUCAUUAUUGAAUGUUCACAAGUAUUGAGAGAGGAAAACGUUUUCUUCUGUCUCAAAAAUAUUAGUUAUUAUGUUCACAA